AUGCUAGACAUACAUGCAUUCGGCAUCUCGGACGAUAGGCAUCCAAUUGCCCAGAAAAAUCUCCGAUGUGCAUACAUAACUCCCAAUCCCAAGAAAGCAGCGCGCCUGGUCAACGCAAGCUCUGGCCACGCAUGCUUUCUGCCAGUGGCCUGCCUGCUCAAACGGCUGCUCUCGGCUCGGCUUCAUGGAGGGGGAUUAAUUUCAAUCGCGACAUUUUCCAAGCGAAUCGCAACCGUAGCUGCCACAGGCGCAGAUGAUGAUUGCACGACCAUGUUAGCCUUACGAGAUAGCCAAGAACCGGGCAGCGACUCGAUCAGCCGGCUUUCAAUAACGAUGCUGGUUUACUCAUGGCUCACCCUCCUUUAUUAUUCCUGUUGUCUCUUCACCCACACACCCUCCUUCCUUCCCGCGGGCCACCGCUACUAUACGGAAGCAUCACUAGUCUACUAA